UGCAACUCUUUCGACUACAUCCGGCAGUCGUACGGCUUACUCGAUCAUGUGCUCACAAAUCCUGGCUACCCAGAGCCGCAGGUUGACGAGAAAUGUAUGUGGUCCAUUAUUCUCGCCUCAAAUCGACGCAUUGGAUACGAAGUGAUCGAUCUCGAUUUGGAGAAGACCGACCAAUGCACACAAGAUGUGUUGUCUGUGUCACCCCGCUCCACUCAGUUUGGUCCAAAUAAGAAGGAAUCGCUUUUCUGUGGCACGCUUGACUCAUGGCCACUCGCAACGGCACCA